GGUACACACUGAAACCUUCACCUUGGUAAGCAUAGCGGUCCGGAAGGGUAGUCUGUCAUUCGUUUUGAGCCGCAUGCAUCACGCACCAUCGAGCCGUCCCACUCUCCACGCACAGGCGCCUUGUACUCAGUCCUGUUUUAUUCUUUCAGCGUGAUACAGGGAGGAGAAUCCGUAUCAGCACACUGUGGAAUCUAAUGUGGAUGCAAAACUCGGAUUUUAAAGAUUCAUGGGGAUACUUUAGAGGAAAUCUUGACGACCCUACAUGUUAUCAGCAGAGCUUUGAAGGACUGGGGAGUGACAGAGAAGAGAGAGAGCAGCAGUCUUCAUCUGACAGCGUGACCAUUGGAUGAGCCUUGUUCAUGCGUCUCCCUGUGUGCAACUCCCACAUCACUAUGAACUGUGAGCAGGACUUCGGAGACGGGGGCCUGGGUGUGACCCUUACACUCCGACUGCUCAUGCACGGCAAGGAGGUUGGCAGCAUCAUAGGCAAGAAAGGAGAGACGGUGAAAAGAAUACGAGAAGAGAGCAAUGCACGGGUGAACAUCUCAGAGGGCUCCUGUCCAGAGAGGAUCAUCACCAUCACUGGUUCUACAGACUGUGUCUUCAGGGCCUUCACCAUGAUCACAUACAAACUUGAAGAGGACCUCACUACACUGGUGGCCAACGGCACCAUCAGCAGCAAACCCCCAGUGACCCUACGACUAGUCAUCCCAGCCAGCCAGUGUGGCUCCCUCAUCGGCAAGGGAGGGGCCAAGAUCAGGGAGAUCAGAGAGAGUACCGGAGCACAGAUACAGGUGGCAGGGGAUUUGCUGCCAAACUCUACUGAGCGAGGGGUGACGAUAUCGGGGAGUCAGGACUCUGUAAUCCAGUGUGUCAAGCUCAUCUGCACUGUAAUCCUGGAGUCUCCUCCGAAAGGUGCUACUAUUCCUUACCGGCCCAGCCUCUCCCCAGGAGCACUUCUCAUCUCUGGCAACCAGGUGUUUGAGGCAUCAGACUUUACCCCCCACCCUCUAUACUCAGUCUCCCAGGGGGGGCUUGACCUGCAGCAGGCCUACACUGUACAAAACCAAUAUGGCAUUCCUCAUACAGAGUUGGCCAAGCUACAUCAGCUAUCCAUGCAGCAGAACAUGCAGCAGAACAUGCAGCAGAACAUGCAGCAGAACAUGCAGCAGAGUACCAUGUGCCAGCAGGCUACAACUAUUCUACCCGGAAUGGACUCAAACUCAUCGCAGGAGCUCCUUAUUCCAAAUGAUCUGAUAGGCUCGAUCAUCGGCCGGCAGGGCGCUAAGAUCAAUGAGAUCAGGCAGAUGUCGGGGGCUCAGAUCAAGAUUGGCAGCCAGCUAGAAGGGACCAGUGACCGUCACGUCACCAUUACAGGCACACCAAUCAGCAUCAACCUGGCCCAGUACCUCAUCACCUCCUGUUUAGAGACAGCUAAAUCCACGGCCCAAGCAGCGUCCAUGGCCUCCCCCAACAUGGCUGACCUCAACAUGGCCUUCACCCAGCCCGUCUCCCCGGCCUCCUCCCCCCACUCCGCCUCCACCCUGGCAGCCAUGAGUGCCCUCUCCCCAACCCCCGUCAUGGGCCACCCCUACGGCGUUCUGCCCUUUUCUAGCCUGCUAGGGGUCAAGUCUGUCCCCUUCCUGACUCUCUCUAGCCCCACGCCCCAGGUCGCUGUCACCGCAGCCCCCUCCCACACCACCCUGGCAGCCUACACUACCAAAAUCUCCUCAGCCAACUGCAUCAAGAAACCCGACAGACAGAAGUUCGCACCCUACUGAUGCUACAUGCUACACCAGGCUAGCCUCAGCCUUCUUCUGGAGGCUGAAAUGAAGGACAGCUUUCUAUAAUGGCUCCAUCUCCAGUUACACCCUAUUCCCUACAUAGUGCACUAUAUGGUGAAUAGGGUGUCAUGUCAGAUGUUCAUCCACUCACGCCAUAUCUGCUGCCAGAGAUGGUCUUGACUUUAUGAUUCACCACAUGGAAGAGAGGAUAACUAUCAUAAGGUAUACUAUACAUUACAUAUAUAGAUGAUUUGUGAGUUCCCCAUGAAAUUAUGGACUGCUUUCACCUCCACUUCAUUGUACUGUUAUUUAUCACUAAUAAAGGGCACAGUCCUAACUUGGGAAAUGCACUAACUUGGAUUUUCAUGUAAAUCAUGCACUGAUGUGAUGGUAUGUUUUUGUCUCUCAAGUUAGGAAUAGGCCCAAAAGUAUUUAUCCUUCAGUAAGUUUAUAAAUUAUACUCUGAUGCGGAUGGAUGCUCACUGUAUGAUGCUUUUAUACAAUGUCUAUGUUUGCUUCUUGAAGUUUUUAAGAAAAUCUGUAAAUGCUUGGGAGGAAAAAGAUAAGUGUUUUCUGCUAUAGGAAUCUAAUGUUGAGUGUUAUGUUUGAAAUGUGCAACUUGUUUUAUUUAUGUAUAUUGAUUUGUUUAUUAAACUUUUUUUUUUCUUGAAAUGGC